CCCCCACCCACCCACUCCGGCCCGGGGUCGCCCACCCAGCAGAAACCAAGCAGCAACAGCCCAUGGAGAGAUGCUACGUUUUCCUUGACUUCUACAGUGUAAAAACUUUGAAAAAGUUGACACUUCUGGCCUAUGUUACCAUCAUCCUGCCUCUCACCCCAAGGACAAGACAGAUUGGCCAGUAGUAUCCCCUUCUUCAUUCUUCUGUGAGCAUCCAUUUCAGCGCUUGACUGUUUGUAAAUCUAACAAACCCAGAUGCCAGAUCUUUAUAUUUGAUAUCUCAGCUGUCCUUGAAGAACAGUGACUUGUUACCACUGCAGCAGCAAAGCUUGCCAUCCCCAGCAGAUCUCCAGUUGCCCAUGACAUCACCAAAUCCCUUAUCUUCCUUUCUGGCCUCCUAAAUGCUCAUCUCAUUGGCCUGGGUUCAGCUGGUGGAAUGGAGGGGUGCUGCCUAGCACUGACCUGGGAGUGUGUGUGACCCACUGACCCAAUGGACAUCAAAGGCCAGUUCUGGAAUGAUGAUGAUUCAGAAGGAGAUAAUGAAUCAGAAGAAUUUCUCUAUGGAGUUCAGGGAAGCUGUGCAGCUGACCUGUAUAGACACCCUCAGCUUGAUGCAGAUAUUGAAGCCGUGAAGGAGAUCUACAGUGAGAACUCUGUGUCCAUCAGAGAAUAUGGAACUAUCGAUGACGUGGACAUUGACCUCCAUAUCAACAUCAGCUUCCUCGAUGAGGAAGUAUCUACAGCUUGGAAGGUCCUCCGAACAGAACCAAUUGUGCUGAGGCUGCGGUUUUCUCUCUCCCAGUACCUUGAUGGACCAGAACCGUCAAUUGAGGUUUUCCAGCCAUCAAAUAAGGAAGGGUUUGGUCUGGGUCUUCAGUUGAAAAAGAUCCUGGGCAUGUUCACAUCCCAACAAUGGAAGCAUCUGAGCAACGACUUCUUGAAGACCCAGCAGGAGAAGAGGCAUGGUUGGUUCAAGGCGAGUGGUACCAUCAAGAAGUUCAGAGCUGGCCUCAGCAUCUUUUCACCUAUCCCCAAGUCCCCCAGUUUUCCUAUCAUACAAGAUUCCAUGCUGAAAGGCAAACUGGGUGUACCAGAGCUUCGAGUUGGGCGCCUUAUGAAUCGUUCAAUUUCUUGCACCAUGAAGAACCCUAAAGUAGAGGUGUUUGGCUACCCUCCCAGCCCCCAGGCAGGUCUCCUGUGCCCCCAGCACGUGGGCCUCCCUCCCCCAGCACGGACCUCUCCCUUGGUCAGUGGUCAUUGCAAGAACAUCCCCACUCUGGAGUAUGGAUUCCUUGUCCAGAUCAUGAAGUAUGCAGAGCAGAGGAUCCCAACAUUGAAUGAGUACUGUGUGGUGUGUGAUGAGCAGCAUGUCUUCCAGAAUGGGUCCAUGCUCAAGCCAGCUGUCUGUACUCGUGAACUGUGUGUCUUCUCCUUCUACACGCUGGGGGUCAUGUCUGGAGCUGCAGAAGAGGUGGCUACUGGAGCAGAGGUGGUGGAUCUGCUGGUGGCCAUGUGCAGGGCAGCUUUGGAGUCCCCUAGAAAGAGCAUCAUCUUUGAGCCUUACCCCUCUGUGGUGGACCCCACUGAUCCUAAAACUCUGGCCUUUAACCCUAAGAAAAAGAAUUAUGAGCGGCUUCAGAAAGCUCUGGAUAGUGUGAUGUCCAUCCGGGAGAUGACCCAGGGCUCAUAUUUGGAAAUCAAGAAGCAGAUGGACAAGCUGGAUCCCUUGGCCCAUCCUCUUCUGCAGUGGAUCAUCUCUAGUAACAGGUCACACAUUGUCAAACUACCUCUCAGCAGGCAGCUGAAGUUCAUGCACACCUCACACCAGUUCCUCCUGCUGAGCAGCCCUCCUGCGAAGGAGGCUCGGUUCCGGACCGCCAAGAAGCUCUACGGAAGCACCUUUGCCUUCCAUGGGUCCCACAUUGAGAACUGGCAUUCGAUCCUGCGCAACGGGCUGGUCAAUGCGUCCUACACCAAACUGCAGCUGCAUGGAGCAGCCUAUGGCAAAGGCAUCUACCUGAGCCCCAUCUCCAGUAUUUCCUUUGGAUACUCAGGGAUGGGAAAAGGACAGCACAGGAUGCCCUCCAAGGACGAGCUGGUACAGAGAUAUAACCGGAUGAAUACCAUCCCCCAGACCCGGUCCAUUCAGUCACGGUUCCUGCAGAGUCGCAAUCUAAACUGUAUAGCCCUUUGCGAAGUGAUUACAUCUAAGGACCUCCAGAAGCAUGGGAACAUUUGGGUGUGCCCUGUGUCCGACCAUGUCUGCACAAGGUUCUUCUUUGUAUAUGAGGAUGGUCAGGUGGGCGAUGCCAACAUUAAUACUCAGGACCCCAAGAUUCAGAAGGAAAUCAUGCGUGUGAUCGGAACUCAGGUUUACACAAACUGAGGGGGCCCCAGCCCUCGUACCACCCUGUUCCCCCAAGAUCCAUCUGCCCUCAUCAAAGGGCUCAGGAGCAGCAGGUGAGGCUGCCCUGAGGAAUUUAGGGGCCAUUACCAAGGGGCAGGAAAAGGAUUAGAAGAGGCGGCCUUCAUGGUGGAGAUUGACCCAGGAACCACUCCACAUUUGGAUGGCCUGACUCCCACCCCUGAUUUGCCCAGUUGACUUCACCCUGUUUGUAAAUAAAACAAUAAAAUGGAAGGUGCUGUGGACUGGA